GUUAAAAAGAACGGGACAGAUCUUGGACAUGCGUUGCGUAUUUAUAACCACCCGGCUCUCCGCACAUUUCAUAUAGUUAUAACAGUUUCUUCUUCUUCGUCUUCGUCUCUUGAUUUCUGAAGAGAAUUCAAUUCUAAACCCUCGAUUUCGCAGGUUAUAUAGAUUAGAAAAGGAAAAUGGUGAAGAUCUGCUGCAUUGGUGCUGGAUAUGUUGGGGGGCCUACUAUGGCAGUUAUAGCACUUAAGUGCCCAUCCAUUGAAGUGGCUGUUGUUGAUAUCUCGGUGUCUCGUAUUGCUGCCUGGAACAGUGACCAGCUCCCCAUCUAUGAGCCAGGACUUGAGGGUGUGGUGAAGCAGUGCCGAGGAACGAAUCUGUUCUUCAGUACUGAUGUGGAGAAGCAUGUGUCUGAAGCUGAUAUUGUCUUUGUUUCGGUCAAUACACCAACCAAGACACAGGGCCUUGGAGCUGGUAAAGCUGCAGAUCUGACCUACUGGGAGAGUGCAGCCCGUGUAAUUGCUGAUGUCUCCAAGUCGGACAAAAUUGUUGUGGAGAAAUCAACAGUUCCAGUAAAAACAGCUGAGGCAAUCGAAAAAAUUCUGACCCACAACAGCAAGGGAAUCAAAUUCCAAAUCCUCUCAAACCCAGAGUUUCUCGCCGAGGGAACUGCAAUCCAAGAUCUUUUUAACCCAGAUCGAGUCCUCAUUGGAGGCAGGGAAACCCCAGGAGGCCAGAAGGCUAUCAAAGCAUUGAAAGAUGUGUACGCACACUGGGUCCCUGAAGACAGAAUUCUGACCACCAACCUUUGGUCUGCUGAGCUCUCGAAGCUUGCUGCCAAUGCUUUCUUGGCCCAAAGGAUCUCCUCUGUUAAUGCCAUGUCAGCACUUUGUGAGGCAACUGGAGCUAAUGUUACUCAGGUGGCAUAUGCUGUUGGUACAGACUCAAGGAUUGGACCCAAGUUCUUGAACGCUAGUGUUGGGUUUGGUGGCUCCUGCUUCCAGAAGGACAUUUUGAAUUUGGUUUACAUCUGUGAGUGCAAUGGCCUUCCAGAAGUAGCCGAGUACUGGAAACAAGUCAUCAAGAUCAAUGAUUAUCAGAAGAGUCGUUUUGUGAACCGUGUUGUUGCCUCUAUGUUUAACACGGUUGCAAGAAAGAAGAUUGCCAUUCUUGGAUUUGCCUUCAAGAAGGAUACUGGUGACACAAGGGAGACCCCAGCCAUUGACGUAUGCAAGGGGCUACUAGGAGACAAAGCUCGUUUGAGCAUCUACGACCCACAGGUCACCGAGGAUCAGAUUCAGAGGGACCUUACAAUGAACAAAUUCGAUUGGGACCAUCCUCCUCACCUCCAACCAAUGAGUCCUUCAACUGUCAAGCAAGUGGCUGUGGUUUGGGAUGCAUACGAAGCAACAAAAGAUGCUCACGGUCUCUGCAUUUUGACCGAGUGGGACGAGUUCAAGAACCUUGACUACAAGAGGAUAUACGACAGCAUGCAAAAACCAGCUUUUGUGUUCGAUGGCAGGAACGUCGUGGAUGCGGACAAGCUGAGGGAGAUGGGUUUCAUCGUGUACUCGAUCGGUAAGCCCCUGGAUCCAUGGCUGAAGGACAUGCCUGCAGUGGCAUAAAAGAGAUGAAGUUAAGCAGUCAGUUUGAUUCUUUACUAUAUCUUGAUGAAUUUUGUUGUGCCUUGCUUUCCCAUAGUAGUCAGGAUAAAUGGUAUUACCAUCAAGGUGAAAGCAAGAAGCUCUAUGUUUUGCCUUACAUUGUAUUCCAUUACAUCACUGUUUGUCUGUUGUUUAUUUAGAAGAAAAAAAAGAACUUGAUUGAUUUUUCUUUGAUUUAAUCAAGAAUUAUGUAUUCCAAAAUCCA